GGGAGAGACGGAGGAAGAGAUGCACCGCCCUACAAAAAGCGGAUUUCGACGACAGCCCAGAGUCUAGAGAGGAAUGGGGAAUCGGGAACAUGAGGGACUGAAUUUAGGGCAAGGCUGCGGAGGCCGCGAUGACGGGACGAGGAGAGAUUCCGGAUCGGGAAGGGCCCGUUGAAGUGUCGAGCGAGAUUGGCCUUGGCCGCAUUCUGCCGGGCCAGAUGGGCACGAAGGGGACUGUCGACGGAGGCCGACGGUGGAGCAGUCGGGGCGAUGAUUCCACGGCGAAGAGCCGAGGAGGAGGACGAGGAGGAGGGCGAGGGCGAGGCUAAUGUAGCCCGCCUUGCGGCCGCUGGCUGCUGAAGAUUGACCGAUCUCGAGCGAGGGUGUGGACCCACGACGUGGUGCUCAGGAUGCGAUGAUUGAUGGUGGACGAGCGGACGGUUCGCCCAGGGAACCGACCACAGUGUCGUCGAGAUGUGCGAGGUGACAUCUGCUCGCGCACCCUUUUGCUUCUCUUGCCGGGCGUGCUCUCGCUGCGGGAGGGUCCCAUCAAUCCUCUUGCAGGCGAGGCCGCAAAAGGUUCCCAUCAUCAUUAUCAUCGCCAUGUCGCUGUUCCUUCCACCGAGUUCUCCAGCAGAUUUUAUUCAAGUCCAUUCACUCCACCGAGUCGCAUCGUCUCACGCAUGAGGCAUGGCUUCCGUCAGCGAGUCCUAGUACAUCACCUGUGCCUGUGCCCUUCCCUCACCACCAUGGGGCCCCCAAGGCUUCGCUCGUGGCCCCUCAAUCCAGUCGCGCAUUGCGACCUUGAAUUCAUCCAUUCGGCAUCCAGAGCUAGCCGCCCAUCGGCUCCGAGGGCUGACCGAUUUGCACUCCCAAAAAGAGCAUAUACGCCAUCAGCCCCAGGUCGGCCCCUGGAGUCACAUUGUACCUCUUGUACCAAAUUUCUUCCGCUUGUUGGCUUGCGUCUUUGCGCCACCGAGUUGCUUCGUAGCAUGGCCUUGCUGUUCAGCUCCUCCAUUCGUUGAAAGGGCGCCUAGUGCUCAUCCGCUGACGAUCCCUUGCGAAUGAUUCGUGACAAAAGGGGAAUCCGGCCUAGAAAAUGCUUAUAUCGGGCCCCAAAUUCCCAAUCCAUGUGCGAAGCACUCGUCAGGGGAUCAUGAGCCACCUCUUGCUCGCUUGCGCUCUGGGGACACAUCAUCAUCGCCUCCACUUUCCUGAUGAGGAAGUCCGAGAGUCUGCACCGCGAGGAAUUGGACUCACCCCUGUCGCCCUACAGUCUCAACAGUCUCUGUAGGCGUUCUGAGGAAUCAGUUCCCAUGGCAUAAUUCGAGUAUCGGGAUUUAAUAAACUCUGCCCUACUGCCCCUGCGAGUUUCCAAUUCGUUCUCGCGAGCCUUCCUUAUCGGCCGCUUGCAGCACCCAAGUGUGUCCGGGUCCGUGAAAUUAACCGCGCUCGGAGUGCGAGCUUUCGACUCCUCCACUCACAACCUGAGCGUCAGAAGCUUCACAUCCUGCAGACCUCACGAGACGACUCGGAUGACAGUUUCUACGAGGAGAGUCCGACCAAUCGGUAAGGCCUUCGAGGGCCACUUCAACAUCUUCAGAUUCAGAAAAUGUUCGGGGAUCCUCCUCAGAACACGAGCCUUAUUCAAAUUGCAAUCCUUGGAAUUCGUAAGAGAACUCGGACAUGGCAAGAACACAUGCGGCGAUCGGUCCAGACUCGAGAUCGUCAUUGGGGGGACAACCAGCAUUCGAUUAACGCAAAGCGUGAGACGACUGAGAUUCAAGAUUCCGGAUCACAGUGAAUAAUCUGAGACAGGAUAACCACGGGGGUUACGGUCCCCACCCACCGCAACCCAACCCCAAGUUUCGAACGCGUCAGAAACUCGGUUGGAAAGCAGCUCGUGCACCAUAUUCUGGGCACCGGGCAAGCAUUUGCAUAUUUUAGUCCCGGUGUCUGUCGGCUUGCGGCACUGCACAGCACGACCGCUAAUUCCAACCACAGCUGUGCUUACAAGGAGGCCAGGCCAGCGCCUCGCCCUCGCCUUUGCCCUGCUGCCAUUGAAUGUGGUCCCCCGGAAGUGGAAACAGUGCCACGGACACUUUCCGGGAGAGCGACGAGCCCUAAUGGAAAGCAAGUCCCGGCGAGUAGCGCACGGCCGCUGCUGCUGCUGCUGCUCUAGACUCCGAGCUCGCUGCCAAAAGGAGGCCAGCAGCAUCGACGAUCCGCGAGCCUCGGAGCCCAGUGGACGGCCGUCGUGGCUCCAGGCCCGGGAUUGUCUCAGGACAAAUCGAGAGGCAUUACGGCGCCAAGAGCUUCUUUAAUAUUCGAAACGCACGGCGCUCAGUUGCCGCUUCUCUUACAUGCCUUUUUCGCUUUGCCUCGCUUUGUUUCUCGGUCGGUGUUGGUGUUGUGUGCAGGUUCCGCAGGGUGCAGUUUGCGUUCACCGGACGAGCGGACGAGCGGAGUUAAAAGGCACGACUUUCGCCCUUCGCAUCGCUGCGCAGAGUCUGGCCCUGCUGAACCACUUUCCAUCAUCCGUCGAGCACAUCUCGUUCCGCCAUAGAUCCUACAGCGCUUUAUUACAUAUCUCUCGGGCACAUCUGUUUCCGCCAACCAACCAUCGUCGGUCUUGUUGCCUUUCUCAGGUCAUUUGUGCAUCUUGUUUAGUCUCUGCUGACGAUUUCUGUCACCCAUGAACGUCGACGACUGUCGUUCUUUUCUUUUGGCGGUAAGAGCUGUAGGCUUUGGCACAACAGUUUGGUACAUCAUGUCUUCCUCGCCGAAACUUUUGCUGAGCCUAUGUUUUCGGCAGCAGUACAGUCGACGAGACUGUUCUGCUGCAUCCACACAAACUGCGUAGAAUGUGCAUUGUCCUUAGAUGCAAGAGCUGGCGGUAGAACAACAUCACGACGUCGUUAUGGGUUUUGAAGAGAGACGAGAGACAUCACGGCAGAAUUGCGGUCAAAAGAAUGAGAAUUUCCACAAGGAUACCGAGAAAGUAAGAUAGUGCCGUCUUGCCAUGGCAUUCUUUACAGUCGGGAGAAUCAGAUCGGAAUAUUUGGCCCUGUGCCCAAGGGGUUGGUAGAAGGUUGCACAUUCCAAGUUGAAGCAGAUUCCGUUGUAGUCAAAUCAUGAAACGGACAACACAAGAAACAAAUUGAAGACCGAAGGAUGGAGAGUGGGGCCGAAGACCACACUCUUUACAUAAAAACAAAGAGUAUCAUUAGCGUUCCCUUUAAAUUGCAAAGUGCACAGUCUUAUCUCACUCCAGCCUCAUCCAAAUAGAACAAAGUAUAGACUAGCAAGAGCUUGUGGUCGGCGUAUAUGGUUCCAAGAGGGUGUAUUCAGUUGAAUAGGAACCCCAGAGCCAGAUGGGGUUUGUUCAAUGUCCCAGCCGAAGCGGUGAAGAAGCUGACAAUUCCUCGUUGAGACUUCACACACUCGACUGGAUCGAGUUCUGCUGCGUUAUGGAGCAAUUGCAGCUCCUUCCGAGAUCUCUCUCCCAUCUGGGCAUCUGGAAAGAAGAAGAGUGCAAAGAAGCCCAUUGGCAGAGGGAUUCUUGUCACAUAAACUUAUUCCGGAGGCGGGCCACAAUAUUGACUUUACGAUGAGUUGAUCUUCUACUUAUUUAUGAAGAACCGCAAUUAUACCAGCUUUAUAAUUUUUCCUUAAUUAUUUGGGCAAGCGUGUUUUUCUCAUACGUCGGCCUCUCGCAUUUGUCUCGGCGUGCAUGAAUUUGCCCGUCUUCUUAUAGUGAGUCGCACAUGAACGUGGACCAGCUACAAACCAUCUGGCGCUAGAGUGACCUUUGUUUGUUGGCGUUGCCCGCUGUCUUGGAAAAAAGUAAGUUCUGUGCAGUUUCAGAAAAAGAGUUUGACUCUUUUUUAUUAAAUUACGUUUGGUACAUAAAGUCAUAGAUCCAAGUUCUGUGCAGUUUCAGGAAAAGAGUUUGAAUACUUUUUAUAAAUUCACG